CAAGAGCCAUGAAUUGCUUCAGAACUCCACCAAGCAACUCUUGGGUCUAUCCCACUGUGAUACUCUGCUUAUUCGGAUUUUUCUCCAUGUUCAGGCCCUCCGAGUCAUUCUUAAUCCCAUUUUUGUCUGAUCCCAGUAAGAAUCUAACCGAAACAGAGAUGACAAACGAGGUCCUUCCCGUUUGGACAUACUCCUACCUGGCCGUGCUGCCCCCUGUGUUUGUCCUCACCGAUUACCUGCGCUACAAGCCGGUCAUCAUGUUACACAUCAUGUCCUUCGUCGUCUGCUACCUGAUUCUCUUGUUUGGCCAAGGUGUGAUGCUCAUGCAGGUGGCCGAGUUCUUUUUUGGGGUCGUCUCAGCCACAGAGAUAGGCUACUAUUCCUACAUAUACAGUAUGGUCAGCCCAGAGCACUACCAGAAGGUGAGCAGCUACUGUCGGAGUGUUACCCUGGUGGCCUACACAAUGGGCUCGGUGCUGGCCCAGCUCCUGGUAUCCCUGGCAACUGUACCAUACUCUUACCUCUUUUACAUAUCCUUGGCCUGUGUCUCUGGGGCAUUCAUUUUCUCGCUUUUUCUACCAAUGCCUAAGAAAAGCAUGUUCUUCCAUACAACGUAUGACAGAGAAGCCCAUCAAAAGCCACUGGGGCAAGAUACCGUCCUCGAGGAAGCUCAGAACCACAAGACAGCUCGCACAGAAUUGCCUGCCACUCCAGGGAAUCUAGGGGACAGAAAGCUGAGCAACCCAGAGCCAGAAAAUGUGACUUUGAGGGUCUUUGUGCGUUGGUUUGAAGAUCUGAAGGAGUGCUACUCCUCAAAGCACCUGUUUUACUGGUCCCUGUGGUGGGCUUUUGCUACGUCGGGCUAUAACCAAAUCCUGAACUAUGUUCAAGUCUUAUGGGAACACAAGGCACCCUCUCAAGACUCUUCUAUCUAUAAUGGAGCAGUGGAAGCUGCUGCAACCUUUGGAGGAGCUUUGGCUGCCUUCACCGUGGGCUAUGUCAAGGUCAACUGGGAUCUCCUGGGAGAGCUGGGUCUGGCCGUCUUCUCAGCUCUCAUCUCCGGCGCUCUGUUUCUCAUGAAUUACACACUCAACAUCUGGGUGUGCUAUGCGGGCUAUUUGGUGGUCAAAUCUAGCUAUAUGUUUCUUAUAACCAUAGCAGUAUUUCAGAUUGCCGUUAACCUGAGCGUAGAACGUUAUGCCCUGGUGUUUGGCAUAGACACCUUUAUUGCCUUGGUGAUUCAAGCCAUCAUGACUGUGAUUGUGGCAGAUCAAAGAGGGCUCCACUUGCCAGUCACCACUCAGUUUUUAGUUUAUGGAAGUUACUUUGCUGUCAUUGCUGCAGUCUUCCUGAUACGAAGCACAUAUAUUAUCUACUCAGCCAAGUGCCGAAAGGAAGUGGAAAGCCUUGCUGCUGCUCAGAGUCCUAAUGAACCACACCUACAAGAGCCAAUAGAUGUGUCAACAAAGUUCUAACCCAGUUACAUCAACUCCAGUCACAAAAGGGAAGGAUUUUGAGUUGGGCAACCAGAAGUGCCUUGCCACACCCGGAUACUCUGCCAGUAAGGAUUCAAAAAUUAC